AUGAAGUACACGAUCUUCCUCGCUUUGGCUGCACUAGUCAUCACUGUCAGCGCCAAAUGUGACGGCACUCCAGAUCCUACCUGGAGACAUUCCGGCGAUUGCCCGAACGGCCGUCAGGAUGACGGAGCUUGUGAAGCAAGAUGCCGAGGCGAAGGCUUUGGCUGUGGCGGCUGUGGAGGCUGGCUGUACGGGGAUUGCUGGUGCUGCAGCAACGAUUGUGUCAGCAAGUAUGAGCGCCUUCUCCCAGGCACAGCCUAUUAG